CUCGUCCGUUCCCUUCCCUCUCCCCCUUCUUCUCCUCCCCCUCCGCCGUCGGACUUCAAACAUCAAAUCCGCCUCCCCUCCGCCGCCCCCGCCAUUAUUAUUAUUAUAGUUCCAGACGAGGCUCUCGAUUCCGGCAGAGAGUCCCUCCGCUCGGAUCAUAUCGCCGACCGCCGCCGGCAGUCCUGAAAUCUUCCGCCGCCGCGAGUUCCUCUCUCCUAUUCGCGAGCUCGAGAAGCAGCGGGUUUGAGCUCUCCUCCGAAUCGCCCGCCUCCCGGAAUCGAAGAAAGCUCGCAUGGCGCGGUCUGCCCCGUUGCUGCCGCUGCCGCUGCUGCUGCUGCUGCUGGUGAUAGCGGCGGCGGCGGCGCGUGCGGAGCGCGUGAACAGGUCGGCCUCCACGGGGCUGUCCUGGUCCACCGCGAAGGACGAGGCCGAUCUGGUCAGGAUGGCCGAUCCUCAGGAGGAUCCGGCGGCUCAGGCUGUUAACGAGCAGGACGGCCUCGAUGGAGGGUUUUCUACCCUCGAAGGAAUGUUGCAGUGGGCGAUAGGUUACUCCGAUCCUGAGAAACUGAAGGAAACCGCGCAAGACGUUCAGCGAAUGUCCGCCAGCGACGUCAAGAAGCGUCAGAUGGAACUGAAGGAGCUCAUGGAGAAACUAAAAAUGCCAUCAGACGCUCAAUUGAUGCAAAUUGCUAUAGAUGAUUUGAAGAAUUCCUCCCUAUCUUUGGAAGACCGCCAUCGUGCUUUGCAUGAGCUCUUGAUACUUGUUGAGCCAAUUGAUAAUGCAAAUGAUUUGCCUAAAAUUGGGGGGCUUGCUGUGGUUAUAAGAGAGCUCGACCAUCCUGAUCCUGACGUAAGGAAACUUUCUGCAUGGGUUCUGGGGAAAGCCAGUCAGAAUAAUCCUCUCAUCCAAAGGCAGGUCUUGGAGUUGGGGGCACUAGCGAAGCUGAUGAUGAUGGUAAAAUCUGAGCAUGUGGAAGAAGCCACUAAAGCAUUGUAUGCUGUUUCUGCUUUGAUUCGAAAUAAUAUAGCUGGUCAGCAGUUAUUUUAUGCACAAGCAGGCGAUUUAAUGCUUCAGGACAUUUUGAGCAACUCAAGUAUUGAUAUUAGACUCCGGAGAAAGGCUGUGUUUCUUGUUGGUGAUCUGGCGGAGCGCCAAUUAGAAGCUUUGAAUGAAGAUGAGCUACCUUUCUUCAGCAACAAAUUGUUCUUAAAGGCCGUGGUUGAUCUGAUGGCAUCGACUGACCUCGAUCUCCAGGAAAAGGCACUCACUGCAGUCAAGAGUCUUCUGCAUCUAAGAUCUACCCAAGCUCUAAUUUUCAAGGAGUUCUGUGGUCUGGACGCGGCAUUGGAGAGUAUGCGCCAGCAAUUAGAGGAUUUGAUGGCUGAAGAAUUUCGGAGAGAUUAUGCGACGGAUGUAGAAAGUCUUCGCAGAGAAGUGGAGUUAAUUUAUCAGCGGAAGCUGGGAAAGGUGAUGCAGGUUCCGACUUGAUGCCACAGAAGCACAAAGCCCUGAUUGGCACUUAUAAGUCGCUAGCGUGCAAUGCUCAGGCUGUCGAGAUGUUUUCACAAGUCACUGUCAACCAAGAGGAGGAAGUUUGUGUGGAUCAUCUGAUAUCCGAGAGAAAGGAUCCUUUUCUCUGUGGAAAAUUCUUUUAAAAAAUAUGUCUAUCCGAUUGACGAUUCACGUUGAUGACUCAAUAGGGUAAUUACGAUGUCGGUUUGAUUUCUUCGGUCCAGCAUUCUUAUAGGCUUAAAUUUGUACUUUGCUAACAAUUAGCGCGACAUAGAUUGACCUCAUAAUUGGCAGAGUCAUUGUUUCUGCUUUUCAUCACUUAGGUAGGUAGUAGGGAAAGGCAAGCUAAAGCUACGGGGUGCUGCAGAAUCAUCUGCGAUUUUUUAAGCGCAAACCCGUGAGAUUUUCCUCGUAUAAAUCUUCAUUUCACUCUCUUGUA